CUGAGGGUGACGAAGCAGUACCUGCCGCACGUGGCCCGCCUGUGCCUGAUCAGCACCUUCCUGGAGGAUGGCAUCCGCAUGUGGUUCCAGUGGAGCGAACAGAGGGAUUACAUUGAUGGCACGUGGAACUGUGGCUAUUUCCUGGCCUCCGUCUUUGUGUUCAUAAAUCUCUUCGGACAGCUCAGUGGCUGUAUCCUGGUGCUGAGUAGGAACUUUGUGCAAUAUGCCUGCAUUGGACUGUUUGGAAUUAUAGCAUUACAGACUAUUGCAUACAGCAUUCUAUGGGACCUGAAGUUCUUGAUGAGGAACCUCGCCCUUGGGGGAGGCUUGCUGCUGCUUUUGGCCGAGUCGCGCUCAGAGGGGAAGAGCAUGUUUGCUGGUGUCCCUACCAUGCGGGAAAGCUCUCCUAAGCAGUACAUGCAGCUGGGGGGCCGCGUGCUGCUGGUCCUCAUGUUCAUGACGCUGCUACAUUUUGAUAUGAACUUCUUUUAUAUUCUGCAGAAUAUUGUGGGCACAGCCCUGAUUAUCUUGGUGGCAAUUGGCUUCAAGACUAAGCUGGCUGCCUUGACUCUAGUCAUCUGGCUCUUUGGCAUCAACAUCUACUUCAAUGCCUUCUGGACCGUCCCAACCUACAAGCCCAUGCACGACUUCCUCAAAUAUGAUUUCUUCCAGACCAUGUCUGUCAUUGGAGGCCUCCUCCUUGUGGUUGCACUGGGUCCUGGUGGAGUCUCCAUGGAUGAGAAGAAAAAAGAGUGGUAACAGGAAUAGCAAUGCUUCCUGGGACGUAACAUAUUAAGUCCAGAACUGAUUCUUUAUGGAUUCAACACAAACUGCCAGCAUUUUACAUGUACAUGCCCCCUUCCUAUUAAAGGCACAGAUAUUAUGAAUUUGAUUUACAGUGGCACCAGUAAUAUAAUAGAUAAAAUCCUCUUUCUUCAAGGAAUGUUGCCUAGGCUUAUUCUAACUUCCUAGAUUUGGAACUAACCCAAGGAAGCUGCAUUUUGCUGAUGCUUCAGUGAGUUGCAGUAGAACAGUUGCUGUCUUUAAUGUCAGCAGUUUUAAAAGUUGAAGUACUGUGAGCAGAUACAGCUGUAUCAUUCAGUGUGCUGUUGGGUUUGAGCUAUAACUGAAAAAGUGGAUCCCCUUUCUCACCCUCGUCAAAACAGUCUUGUGCAUAAGGAGUUCCAUUGCUGGUUAUAGCAUUGCUUAUGAAGGUGGAGAGCAGCAUCAAAAAAAAAAAAAAUCACUGUUUUCGCUGCUCAGAGGCCUGUAAUUCCACUUUAACAGCAGGGGAGGUCUUCCCUGCUCCCAAACAGAAGGCAAAAAAGAAAACUCUGAAAGUAGUUGUAUCCCCCUCUAGGUAAGAAAAGGGAGUGGGUUUUCUAACAUGUCCCAGUUCUGCUCUUGAGGGGAACAAGGGAGAAUUCUGUUUUGCUAAUCAGGAAUCCUACAUGGCUAAUCAGAUUUCAAGGAGGAAUGGGGGUGGGCAGGAAGAUAUUCCUGAAGAGAC